AUGGUGCGUAACUUACUGGGAGGGGAAGGGGAGUGUAGCGUGUGUGAUGGUGACAGUAAGCUGUGCUUGGCAUGGAUCAUUCUGGUGCUCACUAGAAACUGGGUAUUCCGAAAUGGACCUGAAAGGAAGGAUUUUGCGCUGGCAACAAAAAUACCCCAUAGCUAUUCGGUCUCUUGCAACUCAUUACCUAAUGGACUCUAUCAGCUUGGCGACUGUGAAAAAGAUUUUAUAAUUUGUGUGGAUGGUAAGUCAUUACUGUUCUGUCAUCCCUUGAGAUGAUU